GCUAUCGCGAGGACGGACGAGAUAAUUUCGUGUCCCGUCGUCACUCCGGUCCCGCGAGGGCUUCGGUGAUACAGUUACGCUUGAUUCUGACGAGUAACCCGAGCGAGAUAUAUAUCAAUACGAUCGUAAGAGGAGGAGUGAGACAGAAAGAGAACGAGCGACAGGAAGAGGAGCCGACGUCAAUCGUACUUGCCGACGCACGUCUCACAAUGUUCUCCGGCCUGACGAAUCAGGUGUCCAACUGGAUGGGCAAGAAGCCCGAAAACGGGAGCGAGACGACACCUGAGCACAAGCCCGCCUCUCCGGAUGCCGAGAGCGGCGCGGAAUCCGAGAAAAAGAACAACACCAGUCCGAAAGGCAACAAACUGGAAAUGUUCGCCGGAGUAAAAAAUCAAAUGUCUGGCUGGUUGAGCAGCGGUAUACCCGGACUGAGCCGCGGCGCUGGGGCGGGUGAGGGUGAGGCCCAACCGCCAACAGCCGAGUCGGAAGAGACCCAAUUACCUCAAGAGAGUCAGGCUCCUGCCGGCGAGCAAGUGAAGGACGACGACGCGAGCAGCGCGACCGGUGGAGCGGACAGCGGUCCCGCGAGUUUAGAGGGGACUCCGACCGAUGACAAGAACGGACAGCAGGCUUUCGGUGCCGUUUCUACGAAGGCGCUGGCGGGUGCGAAGAGCUUCGGCGGAUUCUUGUACAGCGCCGUAAACAAGGCCGGGAAGACCGUGGUGGAGGCCAGCGUGAAGAUCAAGAAGACCGUCGAAGAGAACAGGCUGAUCGCUGAACUCAACAAAGAACAGGAGGCUUUCAUCGCCAGCAAGCAGACGGGCGAGAAGGUUGAGGCUGUUGCACCUUGGGUCGGCGCGCCGAACGAGGAUGCGCUGCGCGAGGAAGUUCUGUCGCUCUCCACCGAUCGGCGUAAUUUCGUGAGAGCACCGCCACCAGGCGUGGAAUUCGCCUGGGAUUUUGAGGCUAUUCAGCCAAUGGCACAAGCCACCCUCGCCCUGGAUCCGAAUCUUGAAGCCAUGAGGUUCGAGCUUGUCCCGAAAGUUAUAUCCGAGGAGAAUUUCUGGCGCAACUACUUCUACCGAGUGUCCUUGCUGCGUCAGGGUUACGAGCUGAACGCGAUGGCCAGCCAGCAAGAGGAAAGCAACCCCAAUCAAACCAGCACCACCGAUAGUAUCGAACACACUCAAGUUCAAAUGACCACUGGCCAAACCACCACCAACUACGCGAGGACGACAGCGAGCAGUAACAGCGCCGAUUCGCCAGGUCACGAGUUCGUGUCCGAUACCAUGAGGGUCUCGGACACAGACCUCGAGGAGGUCCGAGAAGGGAUGAAAAAGCUGGGAAUGCAGCCGCCGAAAGAAGAAGAUUGGGAACGUGAAUUGGAGGCCGAGCUAAAGGAUUACGAGGUAGUAACCGGAACCGGAACCGGCGGUCACGAGAGGAGCGGCACUACGUACGCGAAAGACGCCAGCGCCAGCGAUAACGAUUGGGAGAAGCAUAUCGACGAGCUGCUCGCCAACGAGGACGACGAGGACCUCAAAUGAGCCGAGGAGAUCCUCCUCGUGACCGGAUAAAGAGGGAUCUCGUCGCUUCACGUUGCGAGAUCCCGCGCGAGAUCGGCGAGCUUGUUUUCGCAUAAAAGAUUUUAUCUCGAAAAAUAGCUCGCAAAGUUUGUGGUUUUUUUUAUACAUAUUAUUUUUCCGUCGAUCUCCUCGACCUCGUAUUUAUAAGGGAGAAAAGCGAAACGAAGCGAUGGAAAAAAAAAAAAAAAAAAACAUUAAAAUCGUUUUUCUCUACAGGGGAUCGAUUCGGCGAUGGAUUGAGAUUCUGCGAGUUUUAUACAAUAUAUAUAUAUAUAUACACACACACACACACACAUUUUACGCUUUUAAUAUUAAAUAUACCGCUACUUUUUUAGCGCGAAACGGAAGAACCUAUUUUUACACGUGCUACAAAUGUGCAAGUUACUCCUUACUUUGUGAUCAUACGUGUGAGAAAAAAAAUAUCGAACCGAUCGAAAUUCAAAUCCAAAACGAGAAGGAGAUAAGAUCUCUUUCUCUGCUUGUUUGAUUUGAGGGUUUUUUCUUGAAGAGGAGAAUUUAUAUACUAUAUCUCGAUAGAUUAGUACAAUCUUUGAUACCGCACAUACCGCCGUCAGUACACGAUUUUUUCUUUGGCUUCCUUUUCAUCGAGAAAUUUGUAUAGUUGCGGUCUCGGUCGUCUGUUGUCGCGCGUUUUUCUACUCGUGAUACUCGUCGCGAACAAAAAUGUAUGUAGUAGUACAUACGGGGGAAAGAACAUCUCUUUUUGUUUUAUUUCGAUCCAUCGCCGAUUCUCUCUCGGGGAAAAGAAACGCGAAUAUAGACAAGAGAUUCUUUCAGAAUCGGCUCGCGUCCUUGGAAAGUUUGUUAGGGAGGGGGUUGGGGAAGGGGGAACAAGAUAAAGAGUUGAGCUCAAAGAUGUAAAUCCGGAAAAAUCACACGAGAUAUAUGCGCGAUCCGACGUAAAAUCACGAGUGUGACGAUAAAAAAAAAACGGCGAGGGGAUCGCGUAAGAGCAGAAACAAGUCACAAAGUCCAGGAUCGUUGUUGGUUUUAUUUCUCUCCGAAUUUUUUCCAAAACAAACACACACAGCAUGUUCUUCGCGAUCUUCGAACACGAUGAACAUCCCACAAAAACUUUUUAACCGUUCCGUAACUUGAAGAAGCGGAAAAGAUAUCGUCGUAUUCUCGUACGUACGUUUACAUUUGUUACGUGCAAUUUAUACGAUCGUAAGUUUUCCGCUUCCUUGAAGUACAGGACGAUCGUCCUAGAAGUUGGUCCUAGUUUCUAGGCACGAAGGCCGGAGAAAAACCCUGAAAUUUUUAAUCACACGCUUAUGUCAAUUAUCGGACGCUCGCUGCGUCCGAGAAAACAAAAAUAUUGAUUGUACUAAAAUAAAGUUAUUGUAUCUUCAAAAUUAUGUGAUAUUACAAAUUAAUUAAUUUGGAUAUCGGAUUAGAAACGCGCUGUGUACGAAUCGAUCGCUCUUCAUCGUGGUUCGAAGAAUCGACAGUUCUUCAAGAUAAAUUACACUGCCGUGUGCCGAAGGACACCGUUUCGAGCGCGGAUCGACGAUUAUAUGAAGAUUAAUGACGCAUUUAUUUGCGCGCAUCUCGCGGUGUGUUGCUUGUAUAAAAAUUGCGAAUGAGUUUCGAAUUACGGUGUAAUGCGAUAUGUUUUUUAUUUUAUUUUUUUAUUUUUUUUUUUUUUU